AUCUCUCAGAAUAUUGCUGACACAACUGCUACACUUCCUAGGAAAAGAACCAGGGACUUAUCAGCAAACAUUAAACAAACACGUCCAAGACUUACACCACCUGCUAAUAUUCGUGAGGGACCACCAAGAUUACCACACCCUUUACCACCAUUCUAUAUGACGCCUGCACCAUUUCAAGGCAAGGCUCCUGCAAUAGUAACCACAACAGGUCCUAUGUAUGUGCCCCACCUACAUAUCAGGCCUGGUCAUGAACACACCCAGAUUCCUUUACAACAACAUCAAAUUCAUCAAGCAGACCCAGCCAGCUUCAGACUGGCAACAUCACCUCCUUCUGCAUUCAACAGCUGCCACAAUGAGAAUUCAACCAGAGGUACAAAUACAUUUCAGCAUCAACCAGGGUAUGAACAUGUCAUGAUUAAUCCACACCAAGAUUACAAUGCAACCCACUCAUCAUUCCACUCUAAACACAUUUUUCAUGGAAACCACCCUCCCAUUCCUCCUGUGCCUGGCCACAGUUAUGACAUGCCACAGCAAUGGAGCUUUUUAAAGUUACCCCCUAUUGGAAACAUUUUUCAUUCUUUAAGUUCAAGUAAUUUAAGCCAAGAAAGUGGUAAACAUGAUCCUUGUGAGUCUGGGAGAUCUACACCAACAGAUUCUUCAUCAAUGACACCCCCACUUUGGGAGAGCAGUGGAAAUCUCGUAAGUGCAGGAAGACAAGAUCAUACUCAUAUUGACAGUCCUGUAAUGUUCAAAGGUACAUCAAUGUAA